CCUCAUCCAAGAAUUAUGUAUGGUUUAGGAGGGAUCAUAUGGGGUGGUGGAGAUUUAAGUUACAUACAAACUGAUAUGUUAGCAGCAGUUUCUUCUUCUGCUUCUCUGCAAAUUUUCAGCUCUGUCGCCGUAGCCUCUCGCCGCCGGCGCUCGCUCUUCUCACCGGCCGCUACAUCAUGCCGAUUUCACUGCUCCCUCACCGACUUCCGAAAGAUGUCGACGCAACCUCAGACCUCCAUAAACGACACCGUUCAGUUCCCAAGUAUAGAGACAAACGACGACAUCAUUGAGAAUAUGAAUACAAAACGACAGGGACUCCAUGAAAGCGAAGAGGAAGAAGAAGACGACGAAGAAAAAUGGAUUUCUAAGAUACAAGUACCCAGACAGAAGUUCAUACCAAUUCCCAAGACUGAGCUUCUUAGCGGCAUUGUGUCGAGCAUGUUCCAUGCUACUGGCGAUGUUGAUGAUGAAUUGGAAGACUUUCUUCUUCUAUCGUCGUGUUUGGAUUCUAUCAUUCAUGCUGAACACAAGAGCACUUUGGAAGAAAUGCGCGCUGAUUAUUUUCAGCAAACGGGGAUCGAAGAAGGCUCGGCUGCUUCAAAUGGACAAGUCUUUGAUGAUGAGAUUGGAAGAAACAUGGAAGAGGAUGGAUAUGGGUCUGAAGAAAUGGAAUUCGAAAACCCUAUUUCGCUCAAUUACGUUUUGGAUUUAAGGAAGUUCCUGCCUUCUCCCUCACCUAAAAAUGUCAAAAGAGUUGCUGUUGCCACUCGUUUUCAGCGUGCUUUCAUGCAACUUCUUAAUGACGCUCAGUUUGAAGAAUUAUCAGUUAGAGAUUUGAUGCUGACUUCUGCGCUGAACACGGAUUAUCUCCUUACUUUACCAAUAUAUGUUGAUUGGAAAAAAGCUUCUGAAUCCAACGCAAUAAUAUUCAGACGAGGAUAUGCAACUGAGAGACAGAAGGGCCUUCUUAUUGUUGAAAAGUUAGAUUACCUGCAGUCCAAGCUUUUACAAGGGAUCUUUUUCAUUAUAUCAAAACCAUUGGGCAAACUUGGCAGUUGGAUUAUCGAGGUUUUCAAAGGUGCUUUUCAAACAGAAGAAGCACAAGAUUGGACUAAGAGAUUCGAGCUUUGGCUCAAUGAGCUAAUUACUUUCCAGCAAUCAUUACAACAGAAUGAAGAGACUUCUAAUGACCUACUGGGAGUAGACGAGCUUUCAGAGAAGGAUCUUCCAAUAUGGCUUGCGGCACAAAGGGCAGUUUCUCGUUAUGAAGGACUUUUGUCACCAGUUGGUCCCCGUGGAAGGCUCUUUAAAAAGUUGCUUACUUUUGCUGGACUUGUUUCUCCAACACCAGAAACACCCUUUGAGCUUGAUGGUGAUACUAAUGCUUGUGAGCCUUAUAAAAGACGUAUUUUCUUAUCAAGGAUAUCACUUCGGGAUAUUUGGAGACCUGCUACAAGGAAAUUUUGUGGAAAUGACAUUUGGAAAAUGCUAAAAACUUCAAUAUCCAUUUUAUUCUCACAGUCUGUUCUCCAGGAACCAGCAUUUGAAGAAUUGAUUUUGCUUUAUACUGACGAAGUAGAGAAAAGGGGUACACAAAACAAAGCUGACAUUCCAUCACUGCAAUUAAAGAUAUAUGAGAGAAUUCCUAUUCCAGAUUUAUCAGUUGUCUUUCCUCAUAAAAAGCUAUCUUUCCGCAUCAUAGACACGGUACGUUUGGAUGGUGCGACAAUAUUGGGGCUUUCGGCAUACUUCAUUAACUACAAGUUUGAGAAUGUCUUAUUAUCUCCAUCAGCAAUAUUUCUAGAUGUGGUUGCUAUCACUGCUCUCAUAAUAUCUGUGUCUCGAGUGGUACUUGGUUACAAACAGACUUGGGAUAGGUAUCAACUAUUGGUCAACAGGACACUUUAUGAAAAGACCUUAGCCAGUGGCUUUGGCUCAGUUCAUUUUAUCCUGGACGCCUCUGAACAACAGCAAUACAAGGAAGCUAUUUUGGCCUAUGCAAUCAUGCUUAAAAUGGAGGACAAGAUGAUCUGUCGCCGCAGUGUUGGGGACAAAUGCGAGCAAUUCAUGUACGACAUGUUUAAAGUAAAGGUUGAGAUGCCAGUUGAUAAAGCAGUUAGUACCUUGUUGAGGCUUGGCUUAGCAACUGAAUCUUCUAUCGAUGGAAGAAUUAUACUGCAGACUGUGCCUUGUUCCAAGGCAUAUGAAACCCUUAAAACACGUUGGAAUAGCUUGCUCGGUUAGAAGAGAACAUAAAAUUACAAGAGAAACUUGUCAGGAAAUGUCUUGUAAAUCUACAAGUUAAAGGUGUAAUCUACAGGCAUCUAUGUGUAUGUACAUAUUACAUAUGUAUAUAGCACAGACGUCAUUUUUAUAGAUACAUUUUUUUCCCCUUCUGGGGAUGUAAUUUUCCUCUGGUUCUUGGUGGAAAAAUGGCAGGAUCGUCUUGACAAUGUACCCUUUCAGGGCAAGAAAGAACUACCAAGAACUUAUUUGUUUUGGCUAUAAA